AUGGCUUACUCAAAACCAUGUAAUCUGAAGAAGUUUAGUGGGCAAACCCUUGGGGUCGAUGCAUAUGGAUGGCUGCAUCGAGGUACGGUCGCCUGUGCGGUGGACUUGGUACUGGGCAGGCCUAGCAGAAAACACAUUGAUUUCGUCCUGAACCGAGUUCGCAUGCUCCUCUACUUUGGUGUGACGCCUUAUCUUGUCUUCGAUGGUGAUGAGUUGCCCAGUAAGCUUGGAACGGAGGUGGAGCGCCAUAAGAGGCGGCAGGAGAGCAAAGCCCUCGGAUUGGAACUUCAGCGAAAGGGACGGACUGCGGAGGCAUACCAGGAAUUGCAGAAGGCCGUGGACGUGACCCCUUUGAUGGCCCGCGAACUGAUAGAGGAGCUGAAGAAAAUGGGCGUUCAAUACGUGGUGGCACCAUACGAGGCGGAUGCGCAACUGGCUUAUUUGGAACAAGAAGGCAUCAUUUCUGGGAUCAUCUCAGAAGAUUCGGACCUGCUCGUAUUCGGUGCGAAGCGAUUGUUAUCCAAGCUCGACCAGCACGGCGACUGCAUUGAGAUUAAUCGCGCUGACUUCUCGGCUUGUCGAGAGGUAAGUCUGAUUGGUUGGACCGAUGACGACUUUCGACGCAUGUGUAUCCUCAGUGGCUGCGAUUACUUGCCCAACAUUGCACGAUUGGGAUUGAAGACAGCCUAUCGAAGCAUUCGGAAAUACAAAAAUGUUGAGAGGGCACUGCGCAUGCUUCAAUUUGAAGGACAAUACCACGUUCCCUCCAAUUACCUGGACAACUUCAGACAGGCGGAGCUUACGUUCCUGUAUCAGAGGGUGUUUUGUCCGAAAGCUGGGAAACUAGUGACUCUCACUGCACCCGAGUCUGAUACUAAGCUAGAAGACCUCACUUUCAUUGGUGAUGAUGUGGAUCCUGAGAUUGCGGUGGGAGUGGCUCGUGGUGAUCUGGAUCCGACGACGAAGGAACCUCUUGUGCUAAAGCCAUCAGUUGCGGAGAAACUGGCCGAUAAAAGGCUUACCAACACCAUAAACCGGCGACAGACACUAGGCUCAUCUGCCGAACUCAAGCCGAAUAAACCCAUCAGCUCCUUCUUCACCCCCAAACGAGUUCCGCUGGCGGAGUUGGAUCCGAACAGUCUCACACCCUCUCCGAGCCAGCAACGACUUCUACAACGCCAUGCCAAUAGCUCAUGGGACAGUGUUCCUGCACCGUCCCGGCCAGGUCUAGUCAGAUCUGCUUCGUCCGUGGGAUUAAGCAGGCCCUCGAGUCCACUAGUCAGAAGUGUCGAGCGCAACUCCUUCCUGGCCCAGGCCUCCAGAUUGUCGAAUCUGCAACCCGCUAAACGGCAAAGGCUGUGUUCCGAUGCGGAUGAGACCAGCCUGCCGAACCUGCCCGACUGUCGCAGCAGAUUCUUUCCCGGUACCUUGGACGACUCCAGUCCGAGCGCACAGAAGACUACUCGCACGAAGAAAGCGCGCAAGUCUACCUUGGACGUUUUCUCAGAUGACUCUGCAGAAGAUUUGAUGUCACAGCUACCAGACCCUGUGCAGGCACCCAAGGAUCAGACACGCACUGUCGAUCCGAAUCCUUCUACUGCAGACGAUAGUACGCUUGAACAGCCUGCAGUCGCUUCUGAGCCUGGUCCAGAAGUCGGGAAAGGGCAAGCUCCGGAACAGUCCACCACUGACCAAGCUUUGGGGUCGAGCUCAAACCCUGUUAAUCCCAGCCCCUUGCGUCGGCAAAGUUCUGCGUUGCUUUCAAGGUAUGUCUUUCAAGCGGGCAAUUCCUCCGUCAGUCCCCGAAGAGGUGGCCCUGGUGGCGAGGAUUCCCAGCCGAUUUCCUUGAAUGAGCAUAAGACGACUCCUAGCGUGCCACACAGCUCGAAAACCCCACCCAGACGUCAGCGGACAACGCCAUUGCAGCGCUUAGGCCAAAGUGCCUUGUCUCGGUCUCGAUCACUCAACUGCGUUUCCCUAGCGGCUUUCGGUACUUCGAAAAGACCCACGACCCCGGGAAUUGGAAAUCGUGAGCUCAAGCCUGUGCAGACCUUGACCACUCCCAGCCAGGGCAGUGAAGACAUGAUCAUACCGGAUAGUGAGGAUGACGAGAGUGACGAGAUACAUACGCAAAAGACCGCUGUCUCGUUCGACGUCCGGCGGUUUUCCUUCAUGGGGAAAUAA